AUGGAAGGACAGCUUUAUCCUUGGAGAUCCCAACAACAGAGAAGAGAUAAGAAGAGCGGUUCCGGAGACAACCCACUUCAUGAAGCCUGUAGAGAGGGUGACUUUAAGUCAGGUGCGGACAAUCAUGUCUGAGGGUCAAGUCGACAUUGACAGCAGAGAGGGAGAGAGCGGGAUGACGCCAGUGAUGUUGGCAGCACGAGGGGGACAUAGAGGUGUGUUUGAGAUUCUAGUCGGAAAAAGAUGUAAUAUGUCCCUUCUUGAUAAUAAAGACAACAACAUUCUUCAUAUGGCCUGCUAUGGAGGACAAAUUGCGAUCGUGAAACGUGUUCUCUCGCUUGACAUUGUGGACAUCAACAGUAGGGGUCAUAUUGGGAGCACGUGUGUGAUGGUUGCAGCAGCUAAUGGACAUAGAAAGGUGUUUGACUUAGUAAUGUGUAAAGGAGGUGAUGCUUCACUUGUGGACAAGAGUGGUGACAACAUCCUACAUUGGGUGUGUCGUGGAGGACACGUAGAGAUGGUGAAGUAUGUCAUCUCACUGAACUUUGUCGAUAUCAACAGCAGAGGACAUAUCGGACAGACACCAAUGAUGGUUGCAGCAUCUAAUGGACAUAGAAAGGUGUUUGACUUAGCAAUGAAUAAAGGAGGUGAUGCUUCACUUGUGGACAAGAAUGGUGACAACAUCCUACAUUGUGUGUGUCGUGGAGGAGACGUAGAGAUGGUGAAAUAUGUCAUCUCACUGAACUUUGUCGAUAUCAACAGCAGAGGACAUGUGGGACGGACACCAAUGAUGGUUGCAGCAUAUAAUGGACAUAGAAAGGUGUUUGACUUGGUAAUGAGUAAAGGAGGUGAUGCUUCACUUGUGGACAAGAGUGGUGACAACAUCCUACAUUGGGUGUGUGUCGUGGAGGAGACGUAG